UUGGUUGUUGUAGGGUGUGGUGCGUGGUGUUGGUUGUUGUAGGCCUGUAGAGUGUGGUGUGUGGUGUUGGUUGUUGUAGGGUGUGGUGUUGGUUGUUGUAGGGUGUGGUGUUGGUUGUUGCAGGGUGUGGUGUUGGUUGUUGUAGGGUUUGCUGUGAAUUGUGUUGUGGGUCGUGGCUUCGGUGCCGCAGCCAUGAAGCCCCCAAGCCGGCAGCGUUCGGCCCCUUCGCGAUUCAUCAUCGACAGCGGGGCGCGAGGGCGCAGCGGCGGCGGCGGCGUCUCCCGUCCCCGAGCGUGGCUCCGCCGGGAGAAGCGCGACAUCCUCCGGGCUCUCCGCCAGCGUCGCGGCGAGGCCCCCGCCAGCCCCGGGAGCCUCGCAGCGGCGAUCGGCUGCUCCCUGCCCGGCCGCACCCACGCCCAGCUGGAGGCCUUCCUGCUCAAGCGCGGACCGGGGUCGCGGUGGUGGCAGUGGUGUGGAGGGGGCGGUGAUGACGACGACGAGGAGGUGGAUGAGGAGAGAAGAUCGCCACUGGAUCGGUGGAUCGAGGUGGCUGAGCGGGCCUCGGGCUCCGUGGUGGACACCACUUCGACCGCGUUCACGCAGGUUUUCACGAUCGGCGAUCUUGAAACUCACCAGCUGGGGUCUCCCUCCCUCAACCCCCGCUCCCCCGGGGUUUCCCCGACCCCCGCUACGGCCGAGCCGCUGCUGCACCCCCCCGACCGCUCCCCGCGGGGAGCGCAGCAGCAGGAGGAGCAGGAGAGGGGUGAGACCCUGAGCCUGGGCUGUGUCUACAAGUACCUGGCGUCGGCCUUCAAGACGGGACCACCGCCCCCCAUCAACGCCAAAGAGAGUGCGCUGGUGCUUCAGCUGCUGGACGACCUGGAGGAGGAGGUACGGCGCCUGAGCUCCACGCCGCUGCGCCGGUUCCUCCGGCGUGCUCAGCACCACCUCACGGGGCCUGCGGAGUCGGACGUGGAGACACGGGGAGGAGAUGCGGAGACACGGGGAGGAGAUGCGGAGACACGGGGAGGAGAUGCGGAGACACGGGGAGGAGAUGCGGAGACACGGGGAGGAGAUGCGGAGACACGGGGAGGAGAUGCGGAGACACGGGGAGGAGAUGCGGAGACACGGGGAGGAGAUGCGGAGACACGGGGAGGAGAUGCGGAGACACGGGGAGGAGAUGCGGAGACACGGGGAGGAGAUGCGGAGACACGGGGAGGAGAUGCGGAGACACGGGGAGGAGAUGCAGGGAUAGGGGUAGACACUGGUAGGAGAGACACAGAGACACGGGACACCAUGAAGAUCACGGACAAGAAGACCUCCCUUGGCAGUGGUGUGGCCGAUGGGGGUGGCGUGCCCAGUGUGGGUGGUGUGGCCGCUAGGGGCGGCGCGACGGCGCUUGUUGAUCCGCGGCUCUCGUCGCCGCCCGCGUUGCCCCUCAACCCGUUCUGUGUUCCUGCUCGGCUUCUCGUGCUGACCUCCAAUCCACCGCUGUGACCUCCAAUCCAUCGCCGUGACCUCCAAUCCACCGCCGUGACCUCCAAUCCACCGCCCUGACCUCCAAUCCACCGCCCUGACCUCCAAUCCACCGCCCUGACCUCCAAUCCACCGCCCUGACCUCCAAUCCACCGCCCUGACCUCCAAUCCACCGCCCUGACCUCCAAUCCACCGCCCUGACCUCCAAUCCACCGCCCUGACCUCCAAUCCACCGCCCUGACCUCCAAUCCACCGCCCUGACCUCCAAUCCACCGCCCUGACCUCCAAUACACCGCCCUGACCUCCAAUACACCGCCCUGACCUCCAAUCCAUCGCCGUGACCUCCAAUCCACCGCCGUGACCUCCAAUCCAUCGCCGUGACCUCCAAUCCACCGCCCUGACCUCCAAUCCACCGCCGUGACCUCCAAUCCACCGCUGUGACCUCCAAUCCAUCGCUGUGACCUCCAAUCCACCGCCCUGACCUCCAAUCCACCGCCGUGACCUCCAAUCCACCGCCCUGACCUCCAAUCCACCGCCGUGACCUCCAAUCCACCGCCGUGACCUCCAAUCCAUCGCCGUGACCUCCAAUCCACCGCCCUGAACUCC